CCUUUCUGUCUCCUAGACUGCCGCGUCGCGCGUUUCUUAGCUCUCUGGUUUCUAAAGCUUAGAACCGCGCCACGCCAGCAAACCCUAAUUUAGUCUCCCUGCACGGCAUCGUUUUUCACGAUGCCCUUUCCUCCCCCGCUAAGCGCUCGACUUUAGGGCUAUGGGCGGGGCGGCCCGAGCCUUGGCGUUUUUGGCGGACCCCUGUACACCCGAGCCAAUGAUCGGGACGCAGUCUCACCACUCCCUCUCCCCCCACACCCUCCCCUUACAGCCGAGUGUGCCCCACGAGGCGGCCGCCGAGGAUGGCUCGGACAAUGAUGGCCCGCUCGCCGGAUAUAUCUUGGUCGACUCAACCCUUCCAUGCUCUCCCUCAUCAGCCCUCGCGCCGGCGCCAGGAGCACAAACAACAGCCGGGCAGGAACGGUGAGCGGGGUGCACCCCCGGCAAGGGGGAGCAACCCGAAUCAACUCCCUCUCGGCCCUCGCCGUCUCACCCCGGCUGAUCCCACUUCCCAAGCCCCACA